UGUUUCCCCACAUGCGAUCGGUCUGUCAUCCGGGCUGUAGCGGGAGAGGCGUGCGUGAUAGGACUAUGUUCAUGUCAUUUCGUCGUAGUUACGUGUCUAUUAUGCCUACUAUAUUACUGAUUUUUCAUCUAAACUAACCUAAAAGACAAAGAAAAAAAAGCCGGUUCAAUUUUAGAGAGCAGCAUUUCAAAGAUGGAUCCCAUAACAACGUGGACUUCUAAACAAGUUGUAGAGUGGAUAAGAGAUCGAUCCCUUUUGGUUCCUAUGGGGAUAGCCGAAGAUCCCUUUUGGUUCCUAUGGGGAUAGCCGAAGAUCCCUUUUGGUUCCUAUGGGGAUAGCCGAAGAUCCCUUUUGGUUCCUAUGGGGAUAGCCGAAGAUCCCUUUUGGUUCCUAUGGCGAUAGCCGAAGAUCCUUUUUGGUUCCUAUGGGGAUAGCCGAAGAUCCCUUUUGGUUCCUAUGGGGAUAGCCGAAGAUCCCUUUUGGUUCCUAUGUGGAUAGCCGAAGAUCCCUUUUGGUUCCUAUGGGGAUAGCCGAAGAUCCCUUUUGGUUCCUAUGGGGAUAGCCGAAGAUCCCUUUUGGUUCCUAUGGGGAUAGCCGAAGAUCCCUUUUGUUGUUGAGUUUAGGAACUACAUGGUUCAUCCUGUAAUGGGGUUAUUUCCGUCAUCAUAAACAGUUCAACACUACUUUAUAACACUGUUUUUGUGAACAUGCAUAGAGAAGAGAUAAAACAUGAUCAUUGAUUUAACUGGUCAACGGGGGAUUCAGAGUUCUAAUUUAUCAAGUUCUCAUAGUUACCUAAAGGGCUGUCUCAAGUUGGAGCCAUUUGUAUAAUAUUGGGCUAUUGUCAACUGUCAAUAGAGCAGUGAAAACAAUUAAGAUGCUUCUGUCUGUUAAAGAGGUUGGUCAGUGUAAAAGCAAUAGAGUCGUACUGUGCUACUGCCUUUUGUACACAAACGGCUAGUCCACUGUCAGUUCAUUGGUUGUGAGGCCAGAGGGCCAGAGCUGUGAAUACUUCAUGGGAAGAAGGGUAGUAAAGAGAGAGAGAGGGUUGCACCAUUCCCUCAUUUGUAACAAAACCAUGAGAAACUACCCCCCCCCCCCCAUACUCUGCUAUAUGCCUGUUAGCCACAGAAUUUGGGAGUAGGUCGGGCAUGAUCUGUGUCCAGACUAGAAGGCUUUUCAUUUGGCUGACUAUUUUUUGGCGCGUUUUCACAUGUGAAAUAUAAAGUGUGUUAAGGGGCUUUCACACUGAACAGAUGUGUUAAGGGGCUUUCACACUGAGCAGAUGUGUUGAGGGGCUUUCACACUGAGCAGAUGUGUUGAGGGGCUUUCACACUGAGCGGUUGUGUUAAGGGGCUUUCACACUGAGCAGAUGUGUUGAGGGGCUUUCACACUGAGCGGUUGUGUUAAGGGGCUUUCACACUGAGCAGAUGUGUUGAGGGGCUUUCACACUGAGCAGAUGUGUUGAGGGGCUUUCACACUGAGCAGAUGUGUUGAGGGGCUUUCACACUGAGCAGAUGUGUUGAGGGGCUUUCACACUGAGCAGAUUUGUUGAGGGGCUUUCACACUGAGCAGACGUGUUGAGGGGCUUUCACACUGAGCAGAUGUGUUGAGGGGCUUUCACACUGAGCGGUUGUGUUGAGGGGCUUUCACACUGAGCGGAUGUGUUAAGGGGCUUUCACACUGAGCAGAUGUGUUGAGGCGCUUUCACACUGAGCGGUUGUGUUGAGGGGCUUUCACACUGAGCAGAUGUGUUGAGGGGCUUUCACACUGAGCAGAUGUGUUGAGGGGCUUUCACACUGAGCAGAUGUGUUGAGGGGCUUUCACACUGAGCAGAUGUGUUGAGGGGCUUUCACACUGAGCAGAUGUGUUGAGGGGCUUUCACACUGAGCAGAUGUGUUGAGGGGCUUUCACACUGAGCGGAUGUGUUGAGGGGCUUUCACACUGAGCAGAUGUGUUGAGGGGCUUUCACACUGAGCGGAUGGGUUGAGGGGCUUUCACACUGAGCAGAUGUGUUGAGGGGCUUUCACACUGAGCAGAUGUGUUGAGGGGCUUUCACACUGAGCAGAUGUGUUGAGGGGCUUUCACACUGAGCAGAUGUGUUGAGGGGCUUUCACACUGAGCAGAUGUGUUGAGGGGCUUUCACACUGAGCGGUUGUGUUGAGGGGCUUUCACACUGAGCAGAUGUGUUGAGGGGCUUUCACACUGAGCGGUUGUGUUGAGGGGCUUUCACACUGAGCAGAUGUGUUGAGGGGCUUUCACACUGAGCAGAUGUGUUGAGGGGCUUUCACACUGAGCGGUUGUGUUGAGGGGCUUUCACACUGAGCAGAUGUGUUGAGGGGCUUUCACACUGAGCAGAUGUGUUGAUGAUCUAAGAGCUGCUGCAACAUGUAUCCAUUGAGAGAAGAUGUUGCGGUGGUGGUUGUACACAUUAUGUGAAAUCCUGAUAAACAAACUAUACAAUUGCACGAGUACAAUUUGAUUCGGCUAAGGGACAGCUAGUACACAAACAAUGAUAUUUUGCAGCUUAUCAGAAGUUAAAUAGUUCUGCCUUUUUGCAUCACUAGUUAAAUAACCAGAAUUAGCUCCAUUUGUGCUUCACUCAUUUCCAAAGCACCCUAUAUACAGAUGUAGGAUCUUCAUUUGAUCACCCUGUUGCAGGACAACUUUCCUGCAAUGCAGUACAUUUAAAAUGUGUAGUGUGUUUGAGAUUUUAAAAGGCUUCUGAAGUUUGUAAUUUCAACUUCGAAAUUUCAGACUUGAUUUUCCCUUACGAAAAAUUUAUCAACCCUUACAAAAAUGUCCAAUAAUUAUAAUCAACAUGAUAAUUCACAUUUCUUUUUGCUGCAGGGUUAUUUUCAUGCUGUGGCAAACUGGCUAAAAUUAAGAUCCUAAUGUACGUCUGUAUCGACAUCCAACUGCACCAGUUGUUUGGUGUCUUUUUGAAGGCCUGGACGACAGCCUACAGCAGUAUGUCCCGUACUUUGAGCGUGAGAAGAUUGACGGGGAGCAGCUGUUGAAGAUCUCCCACCAGGACCUGCUAGAACUGGGUGUGACCAGGAUUGGACACCAGGAACUGGUGCUGGAGGCAGUCGACCUGCUCUGUGCUCUGAACUAUGGGGUGGAGACAGACAAUCUGAAGACUCUGAUAGGUCGUAUGAGAGCCGCGUCCAACAACCUCCACAACUCAGCGUCGGAGCGCAGAAAGAACCCGUCGUACGAGGCCAAGAAGUCCCACAAACCCCCCAAUGACUUCCUCACUGCUGUCGUGGAGCUCAUUGGAGCAGCCAAGAGUCUACUGGCCUGGUUGGACAGGACUUCUCUGACGGGGAUCAGUGACUUCACCUGCACUAAGAACAGGAUCAUUCAGCUGUGUCUGGAACUCACCUCCACCGUUCAGAAGGACUGCACAGUUUAUGACAUGGAGGAGAAGAUUCUGGAAGUGUUAUAUGUUCCAUUCCAGUCUGUGGCUCUGAACGUGAUCAGUGAGCAGACGAUGAGGACGACCUCUGACCCCCAGAAGAGUCAGAUGGCCUGUCUGGAGGAGGUCCAUAUCACGAACAUCAGACCUAGGGAUGGACUGGGGUUGUAUAUCAAAUCCACCUAUGAUGGGCUUCACAUCAUCACUGGAACCACAGAACAUUCUCCAGCAGACAGAACACACAGGAUCCACGCAGGAGACGAGGUCGUCCAGGUCAACAAGCAGACAGUGGUGGGCUGGCAGCUGGACAACCUGGUGGGUAAGCUGAAGGCUGACCCAGCAGGCGUUACUCUGGUGGUGAAGAAGAGGCCCUCGGGUACCUUUAGCUUCACCCCGGCCCCCCUGAAAAACAUGCGCUGGAGGCCCCUUCUGGUGCAGAGCGCCCUGAGUAUGCCUAAGAUCCAGUCUCCAAAACAUGCCAGUGAAGCCCGCAUGAAAAAAGAAAAGCCAGCCUAUCUGGAGCUAUUUAUUCCUCCUCCCCCCACUGUACCCUAUACCCCACGAGAUGAGAAGCCUACAGCCAGUGUCAAACUGAGACCGAAGGGUUCCCAGUCUCCAAACUCCUUCCUGGAUGAGGGCAGACGGCGCUUCACCAUUGCAGACUAUGACAACAAGAUCAGAGUCUGCCCCCCUCCUGAGCUCAACCUCCAACCAGCCCAACCAGCCCCAGUAACCCGCCUGAGACAACGGACAUCCAGACGGGGUAAACCACGGCCCCUGUCCAUGCCUGUAGACUCGUGUUUGGGCAUGUCUGAUUCAUCCUCCAGACCCUGGCCCCAAGGGAGAAAAGGAGAGGACAUCCUGCACAGAUACCUGAGUAACGAGCGCAUCGCCACCAUCUCUGAGGAGGCCUCGUUCUUCCCCCUACCCUACAGACCCCUGGAGGGUCGAUCUGGCCAGCUGGUCCGUGGCGUCGACCACAUCCGGGGCUCCCAGUGCUUCAUAAAUGCUGACCUGCACAACAGCGCCACCAUCCCCUACCAGGAGGCAUCGUCGAAAAAGGUCCCGGCUACAAUUAUGACCCCUAGUGCUGCUGCUACUUCCAAACGCCCUCCGUCUGAACCCUCUUCGAUCCUGGGGGGCUGGCUAGCCCGCCUCAGGCUGUUGAGUCAUUGACGAGUGCCUCGACCUUGUGGACAGUGGAACGUGUGUCGCCCCCACUGCCUUUACCUUGCUAUAAUCUAACAGUGGUAUGUUUUCUCCACUUCGUAUUCUGACUAACACCUACCAUACCUGGAGCGUUCUGUUGGAACUUGGAACACUAAAACAGCUUUUGGAAGCUUGGCUUCAUUUCAACGCCACAUAGCCAUUUGGUUGGAUCUCUCGCUUCAUUUCAACUCUUUGGCGUGACAGACCUGGUUUAGAUUCAAUAUGCUGACAGAUUCAGAAUGUUUCGUGGAGGAGUUGGAGAAAAUGACAAGAAAGUUUCUGUUUGGGCUCUUUCUCCUAAUCAAGAGAAGGACUAUCAUUCAGGUUUAGGGAACAUUCGCCUUGCUUCUUUCUGUAGGUCAACUGUCCUAUGUGUAAAUUGUUAAGUUAUUUAGUUUAUGUCUGUACAGAUUUCUUGUACAUACGUUUAAAAUCAUUUUAAGAAGUUGAUUUGAUUUUUGUACCGUUUUAUUUUGUAUUUCAUUUCAUGAGUUGAUAUAUAGAUAUAAUUAAAGCCUAUCAUUUUAUUUGA